AUGGCUUACCUUUUGGGAGAUGCCAUUCGGCAAUUGCCGUCGCAUCCUCAGGGUCUCUUUCGCUUCUUUGGUGCAGCAUUUCCAGAUGGUGUUAACGAGUACGAUCUUCUCCAGUCUUACGGUAUUUGGGAGGCUUCCUCCGGCAGCAUUAUGGCUGUUAUCGGUAGCAGUCUAGGCGCAAUGGUGUGGGUGAUUAUUGACGAACAACGCUCAAGAUACCUCUUUGCUUUUCUAAUGCAUCAUAUCUGCGACCGUUAUACAUUCGGCACGGGCAAGGGCAUCAUAUAG